UAUUUGUUUCUCUAUUUCAUCCCUGACUUGUCCCCAGGAUUCUGAAGGGGUUACCUUGGUUUCAGUGUCUUUUGUGUGAAUCCUAUAUGUUAUUUCGCUUGCUUUUAAUGUGCUAGCUAUGUGAGUGUGCGUUAUGAAGUCAGUUACAUUAUUUAUUACUAAAUGAUGAAAGGACUGAGUAGAAAUCUUUGGAAUAGUAAGCGAUGAGAAUGUUAAAUUUGUUAAAACAUUGGUUUCUAAUUUCCUUACCUGGGCAGUCAUUUGAUCUAUUUCCAAAAUCUCAUCCUCAAGUUGGAUUAUUUGGUGUCUGUAUUCGAAACAGGGGGCCUUGCUCGCGUCUGCUACUACUUCCAUUCUUGCUGGGUCAAUAA